UCAUUUAACCUAUAGGGUGAAAUAUGAUUCAAGUUCCCAAGCCUUAGGGGAGCUCAGAACCUUCCAAUGGCUGACCCACCUCAUCCCUAAACAAUAGGAGUCUGUUAUGCCCCUUAGUUCUCUAAGACAUUAAUGGCUGUUCUAACAACAGGAAGGACAAAUUAAUCUGAUUGGUUGGACUGAAAGGCUUGCAUUCUGGGUCGGUUCACAAUAAUGGAACAUGGGCUGCCCCGCGACGAGCCACUUCCUUUCUGCGCUCCCGCGGCCUAGCGAGCAGGCAGGACCUCGACAUGCAGAACGACGCCAGUGAGUUCGUGGACCUGUACGUGCCGCGGAAAUGCUCCACGAGCAACCGCAUCAUUGGUACCAAGGACCACGCGUCCAUCCAGAUGAACGUGGCCGAGGUUGACAGGGUCACAGGUCGGUUUAAUGGCCAGUUUAAAACCUACGCUAUCUGCGGCGCCAUUCGCAGGAUGGGCGAGUCAGAUGAUUCUAUUCUCCGAUUGGCUAAAGCCGAUGGAAUUGUCUCCAAGAAUUUUUGACCAGAAGAGAUCAGGGGAAAUCUGUCAUAAAUAAAAGUGAGAAAAAGUGAGAAAAA